AUGCCCAGGAACUGUUUGCCAAAAUGCUCGGCCCAGAAGAGGUUGGAAUUCCCCUCGAAGGCGCUCACGAUGUCGUCGCCGUCGAUCUCAGGCGGAGAAGCCGUAAGAGGAUGCAUGGCGGCGGGCCUCGUCGCGGAUGUUCUCGUCCACAGGGGGCGAUGCUUGAGCGUGGCGGCGGCGGCGGAAGGGAGAUCGGAGGAGGAGGAUGUGGCGGUGGCGCGGACGGUGAGGGUGGCGCGGACGGUGAGGGCGGCGCACAGGGAUGGGGCUGGCCUGCGGCGGGAGUUUGGUGGAGAGGAAGGAAGAUCUGAAGAUUGGUGGAAGGUGGGGUGA